GUGCGUGUGUCUUGGAUUCCGAUUCAAUUCGAUUUUUGUAGGGGUUUAAUUCACAAGGUAAGCUAAGCUAUGUCGGCGGAGAACUGUUUUGGCGGCGGCGGUGGUGAUCAGAGCACGAAAGGAUUGGCUACUCACGGUGGUCAGUACGUUCAGUACAAUGUCUACGGAAACAUCUUCGAAGUGACUAGAAAGUACGUUCCUCCUCUUCGCCCCAUCGGCAGAGGCGCUUACGGCAUCGUCUGUGCUGCUACAAACUCAGAGACGGGAGAGGAAGUAGCUAUCAAGAAGAUCGGUAACGCUUUUGACAACAUCAUCGACGCCAAGAGAACCUUGAGAGAGAUUAAGCUCCUCAAGCACAUGGAUCACGAGAAUGUUAUUGCUGUGAAGGAUAUAAUAAGACCACCCCUGAGAGAGAACUUCAACGAUGUUUACAUUGUUUAUGAGCUCAUGGACACUGAUCUCCACCAGAUUAUACGCUCUAACCAACCCUUAACUGAUGAUCAUUGUCGGUUCUUCUUGUAUCAGUUGUUGCGUGGGCUCAAGUACGUUCAUUCAGCCAAUGUGUUACACCGAGAUUUAAAGCCCAGCAAUUUGCUCCUGAACGCAAACUGUGAUCUAAAGCUUGGGGAUUUCGGGCUUGCGAGGACCAAAUCCGAGACUGACUUCAUGACUGAGUACGUUGUUACACGCUGGUACCGAGCUCCAGAGUUACUUCUUAACUGCUCCGAGUACACAGCAGCGAUCGAUAUCUGGUCCGUCGGUUGUAUUCUCGGUGAAACAAUGACAAGAGAGCCCUUGUUUCCGGGUAAAGAUUAUGUUCAUCAGCUUAGGCUUAUCACUGAGCUUAUAGGAUCACCUGAUGAUUCAAGCUUGGGGUUCUUAAGGAGCGACAACGCAAGGAGAUACGUUAAACAGCUUCCACAGUACCCGAGACAGAACUUUGCUGCUAGGUUCCCAAACAUGUCAGCUGGCGCAGCCGAUUUGCUUGAGAAAAUGCUCGUCUUUGAUCCAAGCAGACGCAUCACUGUUGAUGAGGCGUUGUGCCACCCAUAUUUGGCGCCGCUGCACGAUAUAAACGAGGAACCGGUGUGUGUGAGGCCGUUCAAUUUCGAUUUUGAGCAACCUUCUUUGACAGAAGAGAACAUCAAGGAGCUUAUAUAUCGUGAAACAGUCAAGUUCAAUCCUCAGUAAGGGAGAGUUAUAAGAAAGAAACUCCAUCAAAAUGCUUGUAUUUGUCUUGCUUUGUUUUUGUUAUUGAAUCUCUGAUAAUAUUUGUUUAUGUCUGUAAUAUUAAUAACAUCCUGAGAAAUUAAAACCC